ACGAAUGUUCCCGCCAUUCAAAGUGAAGGUUUCGGGUCUUGAAAAACACACCAGAUACGUCAUGCUCCUCGAUGUCGUCUCCAGUGACGACUGUCGGUAUAAAUUCCAUAACAACCAGUGGCUGGUUGCAGGCAAGGCGGAUCCAGAGAUGCCCAAAAGAAUGUACAUCCACCCGGACUCUCCGGCCACUGGGGAACAAUGGAGCCAGAAGAUAAUCUCCUUUCACAAACUGAAGCUCACCAACAAUAUCUCUGAUAAGCAUGGCUUUACAAUUUUGAAUUCGAUGCACAAAUACCAGCCUCGCUUUCAUUUGGUGAAGGCCAAAGACGUGAUGCGUUUGCCUUAUUCAACCUUUCGAACCUUUACCUUCAAGGAAACGGAGUUCAUUGCGGUCACCGCUUAUCAGAAUGAAAUGAUAACCCAACUGAAAAUUGAUCACAAUCCGUUCGCAAAGGGCUUCCGGGAUAGUGGCGGCGGUCGAAGAGACAAAAAGUAA